GGACAAGCGACCGAAUCCCGAGAUGCAAGCGAUGACGGCGUCGCCUUGUUCAUACAACAGACUAGCAACGCGAACAACAAAACCGUCAAAAUGAGCUUAACUUAUGGACUCGGGGGCACUGGGUCUGCCCUCGCAGUGGUAGGAGCAUACAUGCUCUUUACUGGCAGUGGUGAAUCCUUUGACAUCGGGGCUACCAUUGAAGAGAUAUCACCUUUCGCGUGGGCCAGCUUGGGCAUUGCGCUAUGCAUUGGAUUGUCCGUUGUUGGAGCUGCUUGGGGCAUCUUCAUCACAGGUUCCUCCAUCCUUGGAGGUGGUGUUAAGGCUCCUCGAAUCCGGACCAAGAACUUGAUCUCAAUUAUCUUUUGUGAGGUCGUCGCCAUCUAUGGAGUCAUCAUGGCCAUCGUCUUCCAGGCCAAAAUCAACACCCUCGACCGCACCGGCUACUACUCUGCCAACGCGUACUUUACAGGUUAUGCUCUCUUCUGGUCAGGCCUGACCGUUGGCGCGUGUAACCUCAUAUGCGGCGUUGCUGUUGGAAUCAAUGGCAGUGGUGCUGCAUUGGCCGAUGCUGCGGACCCGACCUUGUUCGUCAAGAUUCUCGUCAUUGAGAUUUUCAGCUCUAUUCUCGGCCUCUUUGGACUCAUUAUUGGUCUCCUCACGUCGGGCAAGGCCAAUGACUUUGGAUCCAGUGGAUGAAAAACACGGGUAUUAGUCGUACUACUCGUUGGACCCGCCGUGUCGCUUCGGCAAUCUCAAAGGCGGGUUUGUCGCAGAGGUAUGUGACACAUGUGCGUUUAUACAACUAGUAUCUGCCUCCAUGUAAAAUAGCAGAAUAUCAUCACAUCGAGCGAGCCGCAUAAUUGUCGGCUUUGCCUUCAAAGCGGCGCAGGAGGGAAAUUGGGUUUUUGCAUCAGGAUACCUUGCCGGCAUAGGAAACACAUGGAAAGACACGUUAAAAGUAGACACGAUACAGUCUGCGCCUGUACAAAAUGACGUUAUCUAUUGGCCGGGCUCCCAGUCAUUGCAGGUGAAGAAUCAGUUGUUUCCGUGAAUGGCGCCCAUUAAUAAAGCAACUGCCUGCUCACCCUUCUUCAUCGGCCCAGCCCCGUUGGGGAGACAUAGGAGCGCGUUGGCAC